AUGGGCUCGUACCAGCUUUGCUUUGAGCUACACCUCGGAGCUGCGACCAUGACACCUUCUGAUGCGAUGCCAGUUUCCAAGCGCAAGCAUUUCUUUCGGCACGUAAUCUUGGUGGCGCACGAUCUGAGGACAGCUCUGGCUGCAAUCUGCCCACAAGGCCCGGCAGCAGAUCAGUAUGAGGACACCGACAUGGCCACAUUGCACACUAGCGACGGCUAUGUCCUGCCCGUGCUUGGCGGCUUGCUGCGAGCACGGUGCCCAAAGCUCCAUGGAGACGGCGCGAAGGCAUUUUAUGCUGGCGAGGAGCUGAUGGUGGUGUUGCCUCUGCUGCAGUGGGUCUACUCUGGCCGAGUGCAGGACCAGCCUGUUUCCGCGGGUUGCGGCGAUUGCGCCCUUUUUGCCCGCAUGCUGCAGUUGGCUGAAGGCAGGUCAGUAGGCCAAGCAGAGUCAGGCCAAUCGAAUAAUCGAACUUCACAUCCGUUUUUCGCUCCAAAAGCCCGAUUGAGGAUAUUGAGGCUUUUUCAGGAUCUGCACAUGUGUACACUUGGUCGGUCUACCUGA